GCAGUAAAAAAUGGUUAAUAAUUGUUUUGAAGAAAGUAAGUUCUUAUAAUAUUUUCUUAAUUUGUAAAGAUUUCCAACCUGGCUUCAGACUGCAGACCUCCUAUUGAUUUCUGACUGUAAGGUCACCGGACUCUCCCACUUUGCAGGAAAAUCAAUACCGAAGUAAACAAAAGCACCCUAGUUACUGUACAAGGAGAAUCUGAAAGUCACCAUUAGCCAGGUGUUAUUUAUUCUCUGCUUGGUUGCUAUGUGUAGAAAAAAAGUUUGUUUACUCUGAAGGAAUUGUGUCAGUUGUGUUGCCUGGUGAUUGAAGGUGCAAAACCAUCAGGAUAGUGCAUUUGUAUAAUCUUUCUGAAGAAGUAUUUUAUCUUGUGAAGCUUAAAGAAAGUGAGAUAUAUUUGCUUUACUCCAUUUCAAGAAAACUAGAUAAGGAAUUUUAAAAAAAAUAACCUGUUGCAUGCUACUGUAUAGUUUAAAGUAACAUUUUUGGACCGUUAAAUUAUGAAAGAAUGACUUCAUUGGAUAUUCAGUUGGCCGAACAAGAUGAAGGAAUUCACAGUGACAUAGACUAUGACUUUUUUGAGUCGGAACAGACUUCUGAAAGAAGCAAUGACGAGCGUGAAGGUCAGGAAGAAAGCGGUCGAGCUGUCCAUAAGCUGGGUGACGACGCGACAGGAGAGGCGAACGUCACCGGGAAGGAAAACACAAUCAACGCAGACAACUGCGCGCAGGACGCAAGUUCGAGAUGUGACGCCCGCAGGAAACACGUAUUUUCCACCAAAGCUGUCAUAGAAAGUGGUGCAGUCAGGGAGGAAAGUGUGCGGGGAGUGACCGACGGGGAAGGAGGGACCAGGUGCAGUAGCGAGAAGACGAAGCUGGUGCUGAACCUGCAAAGCCUGACGGAGACGAGGAGCGACGGAACCGCCGGCCCCGCGAGCAGAAGACUGCGGCAAGAGGGGCAGAAGACGGAGCGCUGCUCGCGGAGGGACAGCGGCAAGUACCGGGAGCUGAUGAACUGCAUCGCCUUCCAGACGCAUGCUGAGGACCCGCGAGAAGAAGAAGAAGAAGACGGCGGAAGCCCGCUCACCUCGUCGCCGUUCGCCAGCUCGCUCAGCUCCGACACGACGUCUGACCUCACGGACGUCACGCCCCGGUCGCUGGGCAGCUGCUCGUCGGUGCUGAGGUACCUUCGGGACGACGCCCGCCCGAGCCCCCACGACGAGAAGCCGGCGCCGAUGAGGCUCCUCGCCGACGCCAUCAGGCACCUGCACAGGACCGGGGGCUCCGUCAUCUCCAACUCGUCGUCCGGCUCGGGCAAGUCCGCCGGCAGCCGCCUCAGCAUGACGUUCACCAACGAGGAGGUGAGGAAGAUUGAGCGGGAGAACGGCCUCUUGCUCAAGAAGAUCCAGAGCAACCGGAAACCUCACCAGAAGCCCGGGACGGCGCUGGCCGGCCAGCCGCGGCUGUCCAGCUCCGCGAUCAACCGUCGGAGGAUGCAACAGAGGAUCGACCAUGAUAACAUGAUACUGAUGAAGAAGAUACAGAACGUCAAGGUGGCCAUAAAUACUGGAGUCAUACCAAAACUGAAAAGAAGAUAAGUACUUAACUCACAUGCAUCCGCCCAUCAUACAAUCUGUAAACGUUUCUCACAAUGUCUGUCACAAGAAACACAGUAGAAAAUUUCUUUAAGCUUCCAUAAGCAAACAGUUUUUCAAUUUUUAUAUUGGUUUUAAAUAAAUGGAUUUAUACAAUGUUA